GUCUCCACAGCCAUUACAAGUCAGUAAGGAGUUCUUGCUUCAACAGUGUUUGAACGGAGCUUCUUUCUCUCGUCCCGCGAUUUCUUCCGACUACUCUCGUUUGCCGUAUUUAAAAAAUAAGAACUUUUUGUACUUAAACGCUACUGAAAACACUUGACGUAAAAAAACCCUCUAUUUUUGUACCGUUUUUGAUAAGAAAAAACCGAGAAAAAACGCCAGCCAAAAUGGAGUCUCAAGUGCGUCAGAACUACCACCGCGACUGCGAGGCCGCCGUCAAUCGUAUGGUUAACAUGGAGCUGUUCGCGUCCUACACCUACACUUCCAUGGGCUUUUACUUCUCCCGUGACGACGUGGCCCUCCCAGGCUUUGCCCACUUCUUUAAGGAGAACAGCGAGGAGGAGAAGGAGCAUGCUGACAAGCUGCUGUCCUUCCAGAACAACAGAGGAGGACGCAUCUUCCUCCAGGACGUGAAGAAACCUGAACGUGAUGAAUGGGGCAGUGGUCUGGAGGCCUUGCAGUGCGCUCUGCAGCUGGAGAAGAACGUCAACCAGGCUCUGCUGGACUUGCACAAGCUGGCCUCACAGCAUGGAGACCCUCAUAUGUGUGACUUCCUGGAGACCCACUACCUGAACGAGCAGGUGGAGUCCAUCAAGAAGCUGGGCGACUACAUCGGCACCCUCACCCGCAUGGAUGCCCAAAACAACAAGAUGGCGGAGUACCUGUUUGACAAGCACACCAUGAGCAGCAAGGACUAAAUGCAAAAGUUUAGCAUUUAUCCUGGUAUUGAAAAUCAUAACACAGGCUUAAAUCAAAUGCACCUUUUGUGUUCCAGCUGUUCAUUCACUUAAGUGUAAUCGGCAUUAAAAUGCUCAAGGCAAAGAUGAGUGCUCGUUUAUUGUCCUAAAGGGUUAAUUGGUCAUGCUUUUCCCUCUGACUACAAACCUAUUGUGGCUUCUUGAUGAUUUGAAUAAACCUUUUGAGCUGGA